ACACACAACACACACAGAAAGAGAGAGUUUACUCAUUUUUUAUCUCUUCAUCAGGCUUCAGGCAGGUUGAGUUUUCAGGAGAGCAUGUGCUCUGUUCGUCUGUGAUGUUACUGAUGACUGAUCUGUGGAGUCUGACAGCGGCUUCGUCUCGUCAUCACAUUAAUAAUUCACUUGUCAUGUCAAACUUCCUUUAUUGAGGCUGGUGACAACAACAAAACUGAUUCAGUUGCGAGAGCUGACAGAAGUAACACGUGGAGUCGGAGCUUAACGUCUCGUUUUUUUGCAAGGGAACUCCCUCAAUGGCAGACACAUCGAGUGAGUGCAGAGCAGAUGGGUUUUUGAGUUGAAGAGACUUGAGAAAGGACAGAAUGCAUGGUGUUGUGAUUAACACCUAGGACCGAGUCAAACACACACAAACACACUAUGAGUAUGUCAGCAGUGCGCUCAGCCUCCCCUCCCUCUGAGGACCCCAUCACACCUCCACCGAUGACCACGCCUCCUCGCAAAGCCUCAGUCCGCCUGCAGGAGAGGCGGGGCUCCAACCUGUCGCUGCUAUUGGACGUGAGCAGCCUGGGGGCGGAGCCUGUCUGCUCUGUCUCCACUCCAAAGGAGGUGUGGCUUCAGCUGCUUCACACCUCCACCCGACCGCUCACACACACACUGCUGCAGCAGGCUGCCAAGGACACAAACACACUGAAUGUAGAGUACCAGAAGAUCCCUCCGAACUUUGUGAGCACUGCAGAGCUCGACGUUCCAGGACACAACAUGAAAGACAGAUAUAAAACCAUCCUACCCAACCCUGAGAGCCGGGUGAUCCUGAGGAGCCCAGAGGAGGAGGCAGGACCAGAUCGCUACAUCAAUGCCAACUACAUCAGGGGCUACAAAGGGGCUCCGAGGGCCUACAUCGCCACCCAGGGGCCGAUGGUGCACACUGUGGGCGACUUCUGGGACAUGGUGUGGCAGGAGAGGAGCAGCAUCAUCGUCAUGGUUACCAGACUCAAGGAGAACAACGAGAAAUGUGAGCUGUACUGGCCGCAGCCGACGGCGAGGACGAAGAGGGUGAAGGAGGAGGAGGAGGACGAGGACAAGGAGGGGCAGGGGAAAGAGGACGAAGACGAAGGAGAGACAAGUCGAUUGGGCAGAUUCCUCCUCAGAGUGAGAGACAGCCGAGAGAAAGACGGCUUCACUGUCACCGACAUGGAGAUCCAGCUGUGCUCCGAGCGUCGUCCCGUCAGACACUACUGGUUCACCUCCUGGCCCGACCACCACAUCCCACAAUGCACCGCUCUCCUGCUGCGGCUGGUGGAGGAGGUGGAGACGUACAGCAGGUCCCUCCUCCCGCCCGGCUCUCAGCCAAUCACAGACCCCGCCCCCGGGCCUGGACCAAUCAUCGUCCACUGCAGUGCAGGUAUAGGGAGGACAGGUUGUUUCAUAGCCAGCAGUAUCGGCUGUCAGCAGCUCAGAGAAACCGGUCAGGUUGACAUCCUGGAGACGGUGUGUCAGCUCCGACUCGACAGGGGGGGUAUGAUCCAAACCACAGAGCAGUACCAGUUCCUGUACUCCACUCUGGCCCAGUACAGCUCCCAGCUACAACACAGCCAGGAGCAGAAUCAGAACCAGCAGAGCCCAGAGGACCAGGUCAGCAUACAGCUUCAAAACCUCCAGCUGGACAACACACAGAACCAGAGGCACUGAUACCACACAGAACCUCCAGAGGCUUAGCCAGACACACACCUGAAGAAACCCAGGACACCUCAGAACCAACAGAACCAGAGACGGACAGGAAAUGACACCAGCAGCAGAACCCAAAGACCUGAUGCAGCGAUGGAGGGAGAGCUGGGGAACCAGCAGUUUCAGACGAGUCAGGAUCCCAAAAGAAAAAGAUAGUUUGUCCCAACUCAGCGUUAGACUGAACAUCAAGAGGACCUGAAGAGAACCCAGAGUGUCGUGUUCAUCCUGGACUGAGAAUCUCAGAAAACGGACCUGAACCGAGAAGCUCGAACCAAAAGAACCAAGUAGAAAAAACACGCCUGUUCAGGAAAUGUCCUUCCAGAUAUUAAUAUUAAAAUCAAAUCAAAUAAAACCCAUUCUUCUUUGA